UUCAAUUCAAUCACACUUUAACGCCUCACCCACUCCAUACCUCUUUUUAUUUCCAAUCCACUCUGUUCCAACCAAAAACAGAGACCUUUUCUUCACAAACAGUUACUUUCCUCAACUGGGUCGCUGUUUCUUCCACUCAUGUCAUUGACUUUGGACCCCGAAGUCAGCCACAAUCCCCAGUAACCAAAAGAGGGUCAAUUUCAGAAUCAUGGUUCGUACCUCACACACCCCAAAAAAAAAAAAUCUGAUUUUUGCAUCAUGGAGGCGUUCUUCUGCUGAUUAGUGGGCCUCUGCACUACAGGUCUUCUGCAAGAUGAUUUCAUUGUUUGAGUAUCAAGAGAGAUCAAAGAAUGGUUCGUCAAGCUGAUUUAGUUAUCUUUGGUGUUUCUGUUGGUUUGGCCGUUGGAAUUCUGAUAUCUUGCCUCAUAUUUUUCGGCAUAAGGUGGUACAAGAAAAGUGCUCAUCUUAGACAAUCUACAAAUGAGUCUAGUGUAACAACUCUUCCUAUACGAACAAAUGGAUUGGGAACAAGUACCGACUUUAGUGCGUCACUCGAUGGUUCCAUAGCCAUGUCAAGGUCAGAAAAUCUUAAGAAAAAUUCCCAUUUUGCUUGGUGGAAUCAUCAAAACAAAGAUCAGUUUGCUUCAGCAUCAGGCAUCCUAAAGUAUUCGUACAAAGAAAUUCAAAAGGCCACACAAAAUUUCACGAAUACCUUGGGACAAGGAUCAUUUGGCACAGUUUAUAAAGCAACAAUGCCUGCAGGGGAGGUUGUAGCAGUGAAGGUGCUCGCACCCAAUUCCAAACAAGGGGAGAAAGAAUUCCAAACAGAGGUAUUUCUUCUAGGAAGACUGCAUCACCGGAAUCUUGUGAAUUUGGUUGGAUAUUGUGUAGAUAAAGGACAACGUGUACUUGUUUAUCAGUACAUGAGUAAUGGAAGUUUGGCAAAUCUUUUGUAUGGUGAAGAAAAGAAAUUGAGUUGGGAUGAAAGGCUGCAAAUUGCUCUUGAUAUUUCCCACGGAAUAGAAUACCUUCAUGAAGGAGCAAUCCCACCUGUCAUACAUCGCGAUUUAAAGUCUGCCAACAUAUUGCUAGACCACUCAAUGAGAGCUAAGGUUGCUGAUUUUGGGCUCUCAAAGGAAGAGAUCUUUGAUGGCCGAAAUUCUGGUCUUAAAGGUACAUAUGGUUACAUGGAUCCAGCAUACAUUUCCACAAGCAAGUUAACAACAAAGAGUGACAUAUACAGUUUCGGUGUCAUAGUUUUUGAGCUCAUCACUGCCAUCCACCCACAUCAAAAUUUGAUGGAAUAUAUUAACCUUGCUGCAAUGGAUCAUGAUGGUAUAGAUGAGAUACUUGACAAGCACCUUGUGGGAAAAUGCAACCUUGAAGAAGUGAGGCAGCUUGCUAAAAUUGGACACAAAUGCUUGCACAAAUCACCUAGGAAACGCCCCUCUAUAGGUGAAGUUUCACAGUUCAUAUCAAGAAUAAAGCAAAGGCGACAGCGCCACUUAACAGAAGAUAACUUGUCAUUUGCAAGCAAUAACUUUUCUCGAGCUGUUAGUCGAUUAGAAGAUCGACAGGUUGAACUAAGUAGGAUGUCCACCAUUAACCUUGCAGAAACUGUAUGAACAUAAUUACUUGUAUAUGCAUGGAGUGAGUUUAAAAUGAAAAUCUCUUUAGACCAAGCUAAUCUAAUGAAACAACUACUGCUCCAAAAUAUUGAAAACAA